GAAAGUAAACCAAAGUCCAAAACUGAACCGUGACGUUCCCGAUUCCGUCAGGAAUUUCAAUGUUUUCAUUAUAAAAAUUAGACAUUUUCUCAACUUAAAAUGCUUAAACCUUUAAGAUCAUCUCAUCUGAGAGCUGCAAAAAGAUUGUUGCAAAGUCUUUCAUUACCAGAGUCAUCAUUUACAACAUCUGUAACAACCAAACAGGAGUUCAAAAGCAGUUUCGAAGUUAUCCAAGAUAAACCUCUCGAUACGUCUGACAAAGAAAGAAAUAGAAACGAAUACAAACUGUUGUUAAAACAAUAUUCCAAACAUGUUGAGCUUGCGAAAUCUGGAGGUGGAGAAAAUGCAAUCCAAAGACACACUGUAAAACAGAAGAAGUUGCUAGCGUCUGAGAGACUCCGGCUGCUCCUAGACGAUGUAGAUGAUUUUCUUGAGUUGGCUUUGUCAGCAGGUCUGGGGAUGCCAUAUGGAGAUGUUCCCCGGGCAGGGAUAAUAACUGGAAUCGGUAAAGUUCAUGGAAAAUUGUGUAUGAUCAUCGCCAAUGAUGCCACGGUGAAGGGAGGAACAAUAUAUCCUGUGGCUCUCAAGAAGCAGUUACGAGCACAAGAAAUAGCAGAGCAAAACCGUCUACCUGUCUAUUAUGUAGUGGAGUCAGGUGGUGCUUUCUUACCUUUACAGUCAGAAAUUUUCUUACCGGGUGGAAGGACAUUUUAUAAUGAAGCAGUGAUGUCCUCACAAGGAAUACCUCAGUUAGCAAUAGUCUGUGGUAACUGUACUGCUGGGGGAGCUUAUAUACCCACAAUGGCAGAUGAAGCCGUGAUGAUUCACAAACAUGGAUACAUUUUCCUGGGAGGCCCUCCCCUCGUCAAGGCAGCAACUGGUGAAGUGAUCAGUGCAGAGGAACUUGGAGGGGCUACACUGCAUUGCAGUGUGAGUGGCUGUACAGACUACUUUGCAGAGGAUGAACAGGAGGCGUUUCAGAUGGGGCGAGACAUUGCAGAAACUCUUCCAUUCCACGCCUCGUGUACAUAUGAAUCAGACCCACCACUGUAUGAUGCUGAUGACAUUCCAGGACUUAUUACUGCAGAAAACAAAAUAGAUAUAUACCAGGUCAUAUCAAGAAUCACUGAUGGAAGCCGAUUUAGUGAGUUCAAGAAAAAAUUUGGAUCUUCACUUGUCACUGGGUUUGGAUACAUUCAUGGGUGCCUUGUUGGAAUUGUGGGAAAUAAUGGCCACCUUUGUGAGCAGUCAGCAGACAAGGGAGCUCACUUUGUACAGCUGUGUUGUGAACGAGACAUACCUCUAUUAUUUCUGCAAAAUACUCAGGAAAACCCAGACAGUCAAUCUACAGGUGAAAUGUAUGGUAAUCAGCUCAGGGCUCAUGCUAAAAUGUUAUCAGCAGUAAGUUGUGCAUGUGUACCCAUUAUAUCGUUCAUCAUCGGAAACGCGAUCGGACCAACCAGUUAUGUCAUGGCCAACAGGUCUAUGAGUCCCAAUUUUCUGUUCUGCUGGCCAAAUGCUGUGGUUUGCAUGGAUAAUCCUGGUCAAAUCACACAAGACUUCAUACAGGCUAAAUCUGAGUCUGAAGAGGAUUUAGAGGAAUUAAAGGUCAAAGUCGCACAGAAAAUGAAGUUAGAGACAUCGUCAUUCUAUGCUGCCUCCAGGGUAUGGAAUGAUGGGAUAAUCCUGCCCCAGGACACAAGGAAGGUUGCACAACAAUGCUUGGAAGCUGUCAAUGCAUACAGACAGAGAGCACUGCCUAAAGCACAAGUGAUCAGAAUGUGACAAUGUAAACUGUGAUUUAUUACACAGAGAAGGUGACAAUGUGAACUGUGAUUUAUUACACAGAGAAGGUGUAUACUACAAAAGUACAUGUUUUCUGUAAAUUAUGUAAUUUGGGGGGGGGGGGGGGGGGGGGGUGGAAAUUUAUUAAAGUAGCAUAGUAGCAUAUUUUAUACAUAUUGAAUAAAAUCCUAAAAACUCACA